AAUCCACUUCGUGUGUACCACGUUGAAGUUUUCGUGAGAUUUUUGGAGUGUUUUAUCAAGAGAUAAACAAAUCUCGGCGAGGAAUUUCGUGCAUUUUUUAGGCAAUUUUAAAGGUUUCUCCAGAUAUCUAAGGACAUGGGACUCCUCACGGAUCCUUCGGGACUAUCUCAGAAAGCAAAAUAUGCAAAUUUGCUGAAAAAACACUGCAAAUUGCUCUGCAAUUUCCUCUUUAUUGUCGGUGUUUGUUGGUUUGCUGCCCUCUCGGAUGUCAAUCUCAAUCAUGGAACGUAUUUCUCGGAGAAUGCUCUUCUUCCAGGUCUCGUGUAUUCAGCCAUUAAGCGUGAUACGAGCAAUUUUGGGGUGAGUUUGCACGAAGAACUCACGCGGGAGAGGGAAAGUCAUCCAAAUUCUAUACCAACAGCUUGGAUGCUGGCCAGGAUGAAGCAAAUUGGCUUAGAUGCAUCAGUGCACAAUUUUACACUAAACUACCCCUUUGGCGGAGGGAAAGUAUUCACAGGACAAAAUGUUUAUGGGAUCUUACGGGCUCCACGGAUUGGAUCCACAGAGUCAAUUGUAAUUUCCUGUCCGUACCGAUCUCUGACUUCUAUUCAUCCUCAAGUAUCCCACAGUGUCUCUCUAAUGCUGGCUUUUGCUGAUUAUGCGAGGAGACAAAAAUAUUGGGCAAAGGAUAUAAUUUUUCUCAUUACGGAUCAAGAGCAACUGGGCAUGCAGGCAUGGUUGAAUGCAUACUACGGGAACAACGACAAUCCCGCUCUGUUGACAAGUGAUUUACACCUGAGGGCUGGUGCCAUUCAAGCUGCGCUAAAUCUCGAAAUUCAGAGCUUUGAUUUAGAUUCCAUCAAUAUUAAAUUGGAGGGACUCAACGGUCAGCUGCCCAAUUUGGAUUUAUUCAAUUUGGUGCAAAAGUUGACAAAUAAAGAGGGCAUUCCGUGUGGGUAUAAACAGCCAAAAGUGAAGCGCCCAAAGGGUGGGCAUGUGAAUAAUUUAUGGCAAAUGCUGACGAUGGUGCUCAGUCAAUCAACUGGCGUACCCACUGGCAAUCAUGGGCUCUUCCAUCGAUUUGGCAUAGAGGCCGUUACCCUCGAGGGUAUCACACGAGCCGACACAAAGUCCACACACUCCCUCCUACCAAUGCUGAAGAUUCUCGAAGGAAUCUCACGGAGUCUCAACAAUCUCCUUGAGCGUUUCCACCAGAGCUUCUUCUUCUACCUCAUUGUGGCAAAUGACAGAUUUGUCUCCAUUGGUGACUACAUGCCCUGUCUUGGGCUCAUGGCGGGAUCACUGCUCAUAAAGUCCUUCAUCUUGUGGCUGUCGCUCCACCAGGAGCAUGAUUCAACGGACAAAGAGCCACCACAGGAGGCAUCAGAAGCAUCAAGUCCCAAUCUUGUGCGGAUUGGACUCCUCCUCAUUCUUGCUCAUGCCACUGGCUUUCUAGUCAACUACCUACCAUUCUAUUCUGGUAUUAAUGAGUUUUUCUACCAGUACGGUCUCUCAACGGAACUCACUCUGACUACAUUGCUAUCAAUUGUCUCUGUUCUCGUCAUCUUCUCCCCAAUCUUCUUCCACUUUCACCAGGAUGACAUCAAGAUCCUUCACAUUUGGAUACUUCUGGAAUUGGCCACAGCCCUUAUUGUUGUGGGUAUGCUGAAUUUCUCAUUGGGUCUUCUCAUGGCUUUUGUCAUUGUCCCAGUGAUGAUAAAUGUUGAAAUACGCAACAAUGGACUUAUCAAUUUUGUCCAGCAAUUGUGUGGAAUCCUCUUGCAACCACUGAUUGUGGCAUAUUUUGUGGUUUUCACACUGACUUGGAUUACAUUUGAUGAACUUUCAUUGAAGAGUGUGUGCACCAAAGCACUGUCCGCCACUAUGAAUGCCCUUGUCUACUCUGCCGUGGAUUCUGUGAUCUAUGGAAAUUGGAUGUUCAAUAUGAUUGGUCUUGUCUUCUUUCCCAUUUGGAUUCUAUUGUGGAAUUUCCUUUCGUGGAGGCCAACGGAACAACGUAGUAGUAUUAAGAAAUCUAAAACAUCAUAGGUGAGUUAAGAACAAAUUCAAAGAAAAAUAAAAUCAGUAUGAAUUAACAAGAAAUAAAGAAGAACCAAAAA